AUGGCCACACGAAGAGCAGUCGUCACUUGCGCCCGCUGGAGAAGCGCCCCCUCUGUAUGUUUCCUGCUCCAACAAAUCCAGACAGCGACUGACCAGGCGUCCAGNGUGUUUGCGCGCGGGCUGGCCACCGAAUCGCUACCCACAUCAUCAGAGUCUUUACUUGCACAGUCCUACAGCGAUGCCGCCCUCUCAUCCACCGCUACCAUUCCCGUCUUGAACGACCAGUUCACUCCGCCGCCUCCCACACCUGCCGCCGAGUCCCACCGCCCCUUCCAACAACCACCAAACCCUUUCCUCUCGACCGCUACAUGCACCAUCCACGACUUCCCAAAGAUCGAACCCAAGAGCUUUGUCACAUACCCCAGCACCCAUCUCCUGCUGCCACUACGUCGUGACAUCCUACACCGCGCAAUCGUCUUUGAAGGAGAUGCCACACGUCAGGGCACCGCAAGCACAAAAUACCGCUCAGAAGUUCACGGCUCCAAUCGCAAGGUCCGUCCGCANAAGGGAACCGGUCGCGCCCGUCUUGGUGACAAGAAGUCGCCAAUGCUGAGAGGUGGUGGUGUCGCCUUUGGUCCCAAGCCCAGAGACUUUAGCACCGACCUACCCAGCAAGAUCUACGACUUGGCCUGGAGGACUGCCUUGAGUUAUCGCUACAAGAAGGGCGAGUUGGUUGUCUUGGGUGGACCUGCAGAGAUUGACGUCCAAGGUCCUGGUGCUGCGAGGUGGUUGAAAGAGAUGCUGCGAUGGAACAAGUGGGGCAACCCAAGUGGUGGCAGUCUGUUCGUCACGGCCGAGCCCAGAGAGAAGCUCUUCGCUGCUCUACAACAACCCGGCAUGGACAAGGAGGCUCGCGCUCUGAGUGUCGACGACGUUGACGUCAAGGACUUGCUCGAGGGUGGUCGCAUUGUGAUUGAGAAGAAGGCGCUCGACAAGAUGUUCCACAGACACUCGAGCGACCUGCAGUCACAGGUCAAGCUUGUCGUUUAA